AUGAGUAUCGGUGGCUCUUACCUUGGCGCCAAAGCUGCCAUAGAGUUUUGCGCACAUGGAUUCUACAACAAUCAGACUAAAAAACAACGCAAAACUCCCGAAAUCUACUUCGCCGGCACCAAUAUCUCUAGCACCUAUCUCACCCAACUCAUCGAAAUCAUCGGCAAUCGCGAUUUCGCGGUCAAUGUCAUCUCCAAAUCGGGCACGACCACCGAGCCUGCCAUCGCCUUUCGCAUUUUCAAAAAUCUCCUAGAAGAACGCUAUGGUAAAGAGGCAGCAAAACAACGUAUAUACGCUACCACCGAUGCCCAACGAGGCGCACUCAAGACCCUCGCCACUCAAGAAGGCUACGAAACUUUCGUCGUACCCGACAAUGUAGGCGGACGAUUCUCUGUGCUCACAGCCGUUGGAUUGUUGCCCAUCGCCGUAGCCGGUAUAGAUAUCACAGCCCUCAUGCAGGGUGCCGCCGCCGGAGCUACUGCCUUCAAAAAAGCCGGAAACGACUGCCAUCAAUAUGCCCUCGUGCGCAAUAUCCUCCUUCGCAAAGGCAAAAACACCGAGAUACUCGCCAACUACGAGCCGCGCUGCCACUACAUCGCCGAAUGGUGGAAACAACUCUACGGCGAAAGCGAAGGCAAAGACGGCAAAGGCAUUUUCCCUGCCGCCGUUGACUUCACCUGCGACCUCCACUCCAUGGGGCAAUACAUACAAGAUGGCAACCGCAACCUUUUCGAGACGGUGUUGCUUAUCGAAAAGCCCGAGCACGACAUCACUAUGCAAGCCGCAGCUGUCGACCUCGAUGGACUCAAUUACCUCUCCGGCAAAACCCUCGAUUACAUCAACAAAAAAGCGAUGGAAGGCACCAUCAUGGCGCAUACCGACGGCGGAGUGCCCAAUAUGAUCAUCCGAAUCCCCGAAGCUACACCUUACUAUCUCGGGCAGUUGUUCUUCUUUUUCGAGAAAGCAUGUGCCGUCAGCGGCUACAUGUUGGGUGUCAAUCCAUUCGACCAACCCGGCGUGGAAGCUUAUAAAAAGAAUAUGUUUGCACUGCUUGGAAAGAAAUAG